AACAGGUGCGCAUGCGUACUAGGGGAUCGCAGGUGCGCCGGGGCUUUCCCUCCCUCUUAGUUCCGCGGGCGCCUUCGUGCGCGCAUGCGUUGUCGUGCGUGCCUCUCGCUCCGCUCACUCCUCCUUUCCUUUCCCCCUUGCCGGAGCUGCAGGUGCCAGGAGGAGGCUGCAGGGCGGCCCCUCCUCCCACCCCCUUGGUUUUACGAGGUCGGGCUCACGACGAUCGUUUCUCAGACGAAGACGAGAGGCGGAAGGUUAAGGUUGAGGGGGCGUCGGCCGUUGUGCUCUGAGGUGUCCUCUGACCUACUCUCUUCAUAUCGCUGAGCAGUCCUGGCCGACCGAUUGACUAACCGACCGACCAACCAACGGACGGACUCGUCCGCGGCAUGAACCGGGUCCAACGCGGAGGCGGUGGAGGAGGAAGCCGCGGCCUCGGUACCAUGGAAGUGAAGAGCAAGUUUGGUGCAGAAUUCCGAAGAUUUUCUUUGGAAAGGUCCAAGCCUGGUAAAUUUGAAGAAUUCUAUGGAUUACUGCAGCAUGUUCACAAAAUACCCAGUGUUGAUGUCUUAGUUGGAUAUAUAGACAUUCAUGGAGAUCUCUUGCCUAUCAACAAUGAUGACAAUUAUCACAAAGCAGUUUCUACAGCUAAUCCUUUGCUUAGAAUUUUUAUUCAAAGAAAAGAAGAUGCAGACUACAGUGCCUUUGGGACAGAUACCAUGACAAGGAAGAAAAAUGUUUUGUCAAACGUGUUGCGUCCAGAUAACCAUAGGAAAAAACCGCACAUUGUCAUUAGUAUGCCACAAGACUUCAGACCAGUAUCUUCUAUUAUAGAUGUCGAUAUACUUCCAGAAACCCAUCGCAGAGUUCGGCUUUAUAAAUAUGGAACUGACAAGCCUCUAGGAUUUUAUAUACGGGAUGGUUCUAGUGUCAGAGUGACACCCCAUGGGCUAGAGAAAGUACCAGGGAUUUUCAUAUCCAGGCUUGUUCCUGGAGGACUGGCUCAAAGCACAGGCUUACUGGCUGUCAAUGAUGAAGUUCUGGAAGUGAAUGGUAUAGAAGUUUCAGGGAAAAGCCUUGAUCAGGUUACAGAUAUGAUGAUUGCUAACAGUCGUAACUUAAUAAUUACUGUGAGACCAGCAAACCAGAGAAACAAUGUUGUUAGGAACAGCCGGACUUCUGGUAGCUCAGGACAGUCUACAGAUACCAGCCUUCCAAGUUACACUCCACAUACUGUGCCGAUGUACCACCCUGAAGAAGAGGAAGACAGUGAUGAAGAUGAUAUCAUUAUUGAAGAUAAUGGUGAACCACAGCAAAUUCCAAAAGCUGCUCCUUCAAGUGAAAGCAGUGAGUCACUGACACAAACUGAAACCAAUCACGAAUCAAUGCAGAAUGGUUUCAUUUCUUCCAGAGACUUGUAUUGUUCAACUGGCAGCAUUAACAUGGAGUAUGAAAUCCAAGACUCGGACCAAAAGAUCUUGGAGGAAGAUGGGACAAUCAUAACAUUGUGAAAUUCCAACAGUUUAUUUACAUUUUAAAAUUAAGAGGCCACAACAAUUUUUUAGUUGGCUGGACUCAUAUAGGACAUACUUCUCACUACUACACUCAGUGGCUUUAUAUCUGCAAAUUGGAGCGGAGAGUUCUACUGUGAAUCAAAUAAACUGUUCCAUUUUGAUACUCAGCUGAGCGACAAGUAUUUUUGGAACAGGGACUGGUUUUUGUGUUUCAAGACAGGACAGCAUUCCCAUGACUAAAAAUGAUGCAGAUCUAAUUUUCAAAAUUUCAAUGUCAAGAAGGACCCCCACAAUUCAUGGUUUCUUGUCUUGGGAUCGGGCUUCAUGUGUUGUUCAUGGAACAUAUUUUCAUUUAAUUGUAAACUUGAGUACUGUCAUAUGAGAACAAGACUGAACUGCAUUGCAAUACAACAAUGUUCAUGAAAAAAAGUAACUAAACAUAAACUUCAACCAUUUUAGCUCAUUUCAUUCCAGUCAUAUAUAAAUUAAAAGAUGGAAUUCUUAAUUAUGAUCAGUGCAGCAAUCCUAUAGAUAUCUACUCAGAAGUAAGCUCUACUGAAUUCAGCUGGGCUUACUUCAGGUAAGUGGGCAUCAGAUUGCAGACAGUGUGUUGACUGACUUCAGUUAUAAAAUGUAUUUAAGUAAUUUGCAAAAUCAAGAAGGGAAAGAACUACCCAUUGGAUUUCCUGAUGCAUUAGGUAGUUGAGAAAUAUAACUUUUUUAACACUUUGUUCUUAUUUAAUCCUUAAUUAUAUUGAUCUAUUUCUGGUUUUGGAGGGAUAAAUCUCCACUGCUAUUUCAUAUGGAUCAGGUAGAACAUUAAAAAGCUAUGAAGAUACUUGUCUAAUCCUACCAUGUAUACCUGGUACAUUUACCCUUUAAUGAGAUAAACUGAUCUUGAAAUGUUAUGAUACAAUCCAUCUCCAUUAAAACCACUUGGAUUUUCCACUGACUUCAGUGGGAUUGUAUUGUACCCAUAAUGUGAAAGUCUUAAAAUAUUCUUCCUGUUGUACCUUAACUAGUUCUCUUGGUUUAUGGCAUCUGAUACUGCUGCAUCUGUUAAUGCAAUGAAUAUCAAAGUAUAAGUUCCAAUGACAGAUUUGACUAUCAGGAGUCCUAUGAUUGCAUAUGAAGGCUCUUUCUUCAUGGAAGAGUUCCCUAAAAAAGGCAGAUUUUAUAAUCGUAAAUAAAGCAGUCUGGAUCUUCUAUUUUACCAACUUAACCUUUGACAAAAAGAUUUCUUUUUAUAAAGCUCGUGGCAAAGGCCAUCAUAUUUAUCCUUCGGGCAUGUGCUUAUACCUUUCUCAUCGCAUAAUUGUGAUUGUGGGACAGUCAAUUACAAGAGUGUUUCACAAAUAGAUAAUGACUACCUGGUUGCACACUUUUUAUGGAUGUACUACUAUAGAUCUUACAUGGUUCAUUAUAUUGUAGAUGAGAUGUAAAAUUGACUUAACUUACACAGAAGCAUGGAAACAAAAACAUUAGUGAAAGAGUUGGAUGUUAAUUUAUUGUUAAAACACACAGAGGGUUAUUGUGCUGCUUAACUCAUUGUUUGAUUUUUUGAUACUUGUACUACAAUCAUGCAUGAACCUUUUGGAUAUAUUACACUGCAGUUACAAACUUAAGGAAAUGUUUUGUUAAACUGUGUUUAAAUUUUACUCCUUAAGAUGCUAGCCUCAAUCAGCUAGCUUGUAUUAUGGGAUGGAGUGUGUUCUUUAUAAAGCAUAUAUAUAUACAAAUAUUUGUAAUGCAUAAAAUCUUGGCUUGAAGUAAUUAUGCCUAAUAAAAUUAGACAUUGGGAAUUUGACAAAAUCAAUGAAAACUAGAGAAGGAUAAGCAAAAGGCUCCUUACAUUUUGCUAUUAAAACGACAGGCUGCACUGCAUUUAAUUGCAAAGUAAUGCAGUUGCCAUGAUGGUAAAACUGUUUAUCACUACCUUAUUUUUACUUAAAUCUUUUAAAAUCAAUUUGAAACAGAAUAUAGUAAAUUUUAAUUAUAUAUAUAUAUAUAAAUGGUACUGGGCUUCAGUACAACUCAAAACUGUUAGACUUUCAUAUACUACCUCUUAAACUUCAACAGCAUCUUGUGGAAGAGGAUUGUCUUCUACUGGAUGAAUACAUGAAGGCUUGAUGUGUGUACAAUUUUUAACUGUAAAACCCAGAACUGAUUGUAAGAUGCUCAAUAUUUUACUAUAAGUUCUAAUAUGUUGUAUGAUCUGUGUGUGUGUGCGUGUGUGUAUAAAUAUAUAUAUAUAUACACACACGUAUAAAUACACAUUCUGAAUUUUUAAUUGAAUCUUAUAUUGAUAUGUAUGGACAAGUAACUUUGCAGAAUCAAAUUUAUUUCGAUACUUGUUCUAAUUUACAAAAAUGAAAAGAAUUUAACUCUCCCCUCCAGCAGUUUGAAGACUGAUUUACCUUUUUAAGUGCACCUUAUCUGAAAAAGAGCAAAAUAUGGCUAUAGUACAUUUUUCUGGAACUAUUCUAUAGUUCUGGAUGAAGUCAAGCUGAACUGUGAAAUCUUUGAUCUUCCACAACUAUAUUAUUAAGGAUGAUGUUGUGUACUUCUGUGACUUGUGCGUUUUCUAAUUAAAACCUUUAUGCAACAUGAUUUUUACAUGAACAUGUAUAAUAUGUGAAAUGUCAGUAUUUUUCUUACCACUUUAAUGUAUGAUGUACAUCGGUACCACUAAAUGAACUUUGAUUUACAAAAAUCAAA